UUGCGUCUCCCACCUGUAUUCCGACAAGCUCAGUCUAUGACGCCAUUCCGCUUCUAAAUUAGAAUUGGCUAAUAAUUUGAGCUCGCGAACAUCCUGACCAAUUACGGCUUAGGAAGCGGGAUUUGUCUGAAUCCGGGUGGGAGACAAAAAUCUGGCAGUACUGGACCAGUGCACUGGGUGGCACUGAGCGAAGCGGAAAGAGAAAAGGGAGUAAGCAGAGCUGUCACAUCGCGCUGGUAUUUUGGAUUGGUGUGUUGUGAUCUGGGAGCAAAAGCAAGACGGCACGAGUGCGCGAAAGAAAGGCCGAGUUAUCGAGAGGACAUGGCGGAGGUUAGCGAGGUUUUGAUGUCGGUGUUGUCCACUAUCCGGGUGCCGAGGCCCGGAGACCGCGUUCAUAAAGACGAGUGCGCGCUGUCAUUCGCCUCUCCGGAGAGCGAGGGAGGUCUGUACGUCUGCAUGAACACCUUCCUGGGCUUUGGGAGUCGCUUUGUGGAGCGGCAUCACGCCCGGACUGGCCAGAGAGCGUACCUGCACAUCAAGCGCACUCGCAAGCCUCACUCCCAGAAAGAGGAUGAUGGUUGUUCUGGGUCAGGAGAUCCUCCCAAGAAGAAACCCACUCGCCUGGCCAUAGGGAUCGAGGGCGGAUUCGAUGUGGAGCAGGACCAGUAUGAGGAGGAAGUUAAGGUUGUUCUUUUCCCAGACAGACAGGAAGUGACAUCAGAGGACCUGGCAACUAUGCCAGAUGUAGUGAGAGAGCGAGUGUCACUGUCGAUGGCAGGGUUGCUGGCUGCAGACUCUGUAUCACAAGCUCUGCAGGUGCAGCAGUGGGACGGAGAAGUGAGGCAGGAGUCCAAACAUGCAGCUGAGCUCAAGCAACUCGAUAACGGAGUCAAAAUUCCUCCUAGUGGGUGGAAGUGUGAGGUCUGUGACCUGCAGGAGAACCUGUGGAUGAACUUGACGGACGGCAAGGUGCUGUGUGGGCGGAGAUAUUUCGAUGGUUCAGGUGGAAAUAACCACGCUCUUCAGCACUUCCAGGAGACCGGCUACCCGCUAGCUGUCAAACUGGGCACCAUCACCCCUGACGGAGCUGGUAAAAGUCAUUACGGCACAGAUGUUUACUCGUAUGAUGAGGAUGACAUGGUUUUGGACUCAAAGCUGGCGGAGCAUCUCACCCACUUUGGUAUUGAUAUGAUGACCAUGGAGAAGACAGAACACACUAUGACUGAAUUAGAGAUUGCAGUGAACCAGCGUGUGGGUGAGUGGGAGGUGAUCCAGGAGUCCGGCACCAUGCUGAGGCCUCUCUGGGGCCCUGGGCUCACGGGUAUGAAGAAUCUGGGCAACAGCUGCUACCUCAACUCAGUCAUGCAAGUGCUCUUCACCAUCCCCGACUUCCAGGAAAAGUAUGUGUCCAGCAUUGACAAGAUCCUGGAUGAAGCCCCGAGUGAUCCCAGCCAAGACUUUAAAACACAAGUAGCAAAACUGGGCCAUGGUUUGCUCUCAGGAGAAUACUCUAAGCCCGCUCCAGAUCCAGGCGAUGACCCCAGUGCGUCCUCUGAACCCAGGGGAGACCAGGUUGGCAUCGCACCACGCAUGUUCAAAGCCCUUAUUGGUCGAGGCCACCCUGAAUUUUCCACUAAUCGGCAACAGGACGCUCAGGAGUUUUUUCUUCACUUCGUAAACAUGGUGGAGAGGAACUGCCGCUCUGGGCCAAACCCAUCUGAAGCAUUCCGCUUCCUGGUGGAGGAAAGGAUUGUGUGCCAGCAGUCUCAGAAGGCCAAAUAUACCCAACGAGUGGACUACAUAGUUCAGUUGCCUGUGCCAAUGGACCAGGCCACCAACACAGAAGAGUUACAGGAGGCUGAGCGUCUGCGGGAAGAGGCAGAGGCAUCUGGAAGCGCCCCUCCUGCCACUCCUCGAGCUCAAAUCCCAUUCUCCUCCUGCAUGACUGCUCUGAUUGAGCCGGAGACACUCUCAGACUUCUGGAGCUCUGCGGUGCAGGGCAAGACCACUGCCACCAAGACCACACGCUUUGCUUCAUUCCCUGACUAUCUUGUCAUCCAAAUCAAGAAAUUUACUUUUGGUCUGGACUGGGUCCCUAAAAAACUAGAUGUCAGCAUUGAUGUUCCUGAUUCACUGGAUCUGAGCGAGCUCCGGGGAGCCGGACAGCAGCCUGGGGAGGAGCUUCUUCCAGAGGUGGCCCCGCCCCCUCUCAUGACCCCUGACGUGGAGGUCAAAGGUAUCCUGGGUUCCCACGGCAACGACGAGGACGACUCUCUCUAUUCCCCACUGCUGUCUCCAGUGUUGGAUGAGUCCACAGUGUCUCAGCUGUGUGAGAUGGGCUUUCCUCUCGAGGCCUGCAAGAAGGCUGUAUAUUACACGGGGAACACCGGCAUCGAUGCUGCCAUGAACUGGGUGAUGGGGCAUAUGGAUGAUGCAGAUUUUGCCGCUCCUUUGGUGUUGCCUGGCUCUAGUUCUGCUCCUGGAUCCACACCCACUGAAAGCGUGUCAGAGGAGCACCUGGCGACCAUCGUCUCCAUGGGAUUUAGUAGAGAUCAAGCCUCACGUGCUCUCAAAGCUACGAGUAAUGUUCUCGAGCGGGCAGUGGACUGGAUCUUCUCCCACCUGGACGAUCUGGAGUCUAUGGAGGUGUCUGAAGGCGGCCGCUCAGAGGGAGCCAGCGAAGCCAACAGAGACCCGCCGCCCGGACCACGAGUCCGUGACGGACCAGGAAAGUACGAGCUGUUUGCUUUUAUCAGUCACAUGGGCACGAGCACAAUGUGUGGUCACUACGUCUGCCACAUCAAAAAGGACCAACAAUGGGUAAUCUUUAAUGAUCAAAAAGUGUGCGCGUCUGAGAAACCACCGAAGGACCUGGGCUACCUGUACUUUUACAGGAGAGUAGUGGAGUAAAAGACAUCAUCCGAACACACACACACACACACAUACAUGAUGUCUUAGCUGCUGAGGGAUGCGAGGGAGGGGGGGCAUACUCAAGCUUCUGAACUGACAGGUUUUUGUUUGAGCAAUUCAAGCACUUCUUCCUCUUAUAUACUGCCCACGUCCAGCCAGAGGACGUUCAUGAUGGAGUGAGCAGUGCUGCAGGACUCUCUGAUGGCACAAAUAACCUCCUACAUAACCUCUCCCUCCCUCUCUCUCUCUAUCUCUCUCUCACUCUCUCCCUCCCUCUCACUGUCUCUCUCUCACUUACUCUCUCCCUCCCUCCCUCUCACUGUUUCUCUCUCUUGCUCUCUCACUCUCUCACUCACCCUCACUCUCGCUCUCUCACACUCUCCCUCUCACACUCUCCCUCCAUCUCCCUCCCUCUCUCUCACUCUCACCCUCACUCUCACCCUCACUCUCGCGCUCACACUCUCCCUCCUUCGCACUCUCACUCCCUCCCUCCCUCACGCUCUCACUCACUCUCUUGUGCGCUAUCUCUCUCACACUCUCUUGACCUCUCUCAAUCUCUCACUCUCUCCCUCCCACUCACUGACUCACUCUCUCUUUCCCUUUCUCUCUCACUCACACACAUGUGCGCUCCCCCCCCCCGGUUCUGUAGUGGUUAUUGUGCAGUCAUUGCUUCUAGAGCCAGACUCUACGUUUUGCGUUCUCCUAUGUGUUCCAAAAACAAGGUUUCUGUAAAGGCUGGAAGAUUUAGAUCACUACAUGACAUGACAAUAUAAAUAAAGGGUGCACACUGAAGAAGAAAAGAAAAAAAAAUUAGCAAAAUCAAACCAAACUGGUUGUUCUGUCAUGUGUUGCAAGCCUGAUAGCUGAAGGGUUUUUUUCUCCUUUUUUUGGGGAAAUGAAUACAUUUUUUUCUUUCUGCUUUGAAAAAAAAUAUAAAAUAAAAGAUGUGUCUCUUUG